AUGAAUCACAUUCGCUUCUACCAGCCUAAAAUCUUCACCUCGCGCACAGAUGAAACUUCUAUGCCUUCUGAUAUCCACUCUGAGACAGAAAAUAACAAGAAAGACUCGAAAGCCCUCCAUUUACCAACUACAUUACAUGGUAACCAUCCCCUUCCCAGAAAGCCCCCACCUACAUAUCCAGCCAACGAGGGUUCUGUCUCAUUAGAAGGUAAACCUGAAGAUAUAUCUCCAGGUAUAAAGGCACUCCUGGCUUCUCCAUCAGAAGGGGCAGAGAUCGCGCACCUGGAUACAGAUACACAACAGAGAAGUAAUACACGAGAAGAACACAGCGGACACAUCUCUACACGCAACCAAAGUAGUAGUAGCAAAUAUACACCCAGUUCUCCAACAGUUAAACCACAAGCAUCCCACUCAGAAUAUUCCGGUUUCAGGUCUAUGAGCAAGGCAGUGGACGCAAAAUCCGCACCACAAACCUUAGCUUCCGGUGAUCAACAACCUGGUAGCCCAAGUAAACUUGGAUCAUCCAAUACGGAAGACUAUCGCAACCGAUCUUGCAGCAUGGAUGUGAUAAACUCUCCUUAUUAUUUAAAUGGUCAAGGUACAGAACCUACAUCACCGACAUCAGAGCACUCGGAUACUUGUUUAACAGCUGAACGACCGAGGGCCGACAUGCACUUCCUGGAGAACCAAGCAGAAAGCACUGAAAUCUCGGGCCGACCCAGAAGAACAAACAUUGAAGUGGUAGUACCCUCUCGACACCGCCGUUCUCUGAUACAAGAAUAUUUAGCAGAAUCUGGCUCAGACAAUGAUGAUCCUGGCGACACAGAUUUUCGGACAGAGUCCAGCAAAUCAGGAGAGGACCUCGCACCGUUAACCAAUACACGCAAGCAUGUUUGUAGGAUACAUCCCCGGAAACAAAGGCACAUCAGACAUCUGACCAGCUCUUCAAGGGGCAUGUCGAACCCUGCAGCAUCACAUCCAACAGAGUCUACAGGGCGCUAUCCACAACGUAUCUCGUCAGUCUUUGCUACCACGCCUAAUAGCCGCACUUGCUCAUCAUGUGAUUGCAUAUCAAAAUCUAUCUCUCGGCAUAGCUCGGGUAGUUGGCCCGACCUUCUAAGCCCAGAAUCCUGCUCUCGGGGAAGGGUACCGGAUGCAAGACACGAAAUCCUCAUCAUCCUGAGUUUGACGAAUCUCACAUAA